CAAAUUCCUCUGAUGAACUCUGAGAUAGGAACUGUGGGCAAGGAGGCCGGAGGAGGGAGAGAGCCAGAGGGAAGACCCAGCCGCUCUUCCUACCAGUUCUUUGGGGAAAGGCUGGCAGUCAGCAGGACCGGGAGCCGUCUACCUCAGGGCCCCCGCCGGCCUGCCCUUCCUGGCCUUUCAGCACCUGCCAAGAGCCGGGAGCCGCGCCGGCAAGAGAGAGGAGAUAAUGGAGCCAGACAGGACUCAGAUAAAGCUUGACCCCAGGUACACGGCGGAUCUUCUGGAAAUCCUGCAGACCAACUACAGCAUCCCCGCUGCCUGCUUCUCCCACCCUCCCACUGCGGCCCAGCUUCUGAGGGCCUCGGGCCCUUUGGAAAUCGCACUCACGGUCACCAUGACCUUGCUUGCCCUGGGCUCCAUCGCCAUCUACCUGGAGGACGCUGUCUACCUGUACAAGAACACCCGCUGCCCCAUCAAGAGGAGGACUCUGCUCUGGAGCAGCUCUGCUCCCACGGUGGUGUCUGUGUUCUGCUGCUUCGGGCUCUGGAUCCCUCGUUCCCUCAUGCUCGUGGAAAUGGCCAUCACCUCGUUUUACGCGGUGUGCUUUUACCUGCUGAUGCUGGUCAUGGUGCAAGGCUUUGGCGGGAAGGAAGCAGUCGUGAGGACCCUGAAGGACACCCCGAUGAGGAUCCACACAGGCCCCUGCUGCUGCUGCUGCCCCUGCUGCCCCAAGCUCAUGCUCACCAGGAAGAAGCUUCAGGUGCUGAUGUUGGGCCCCUUCCAGUACGCCUUCUUCAGGAUAACCCUGGGCCUGGUGGGCCUGUUCCUCGUCCCUGAUGGCAUCUUCGAGCCAGCAGACAUUUCUGAGACGAGCACAGCUCUGUGGAUCAACACUGUCCUCGGUGUGUCCACUCUGCUGGCUCUCUGGUGCCUGGCCAUCGUUUUCCGUCAAGCCAAGCAGCACCUGGGCGAGCAGAACAUCGGGGCCAAGUUUGCUCUGUUCCAGGUGCUCCUCAUCCUGACCGCCCUGCAGCCAUCCAUCUUCUCGGUGUUGGCCAAUGGCGGGCAGAUUGCUUGUUCGCCUCCCUUUUCCUCUAAAAUCAGGUCUCAAGUGAUGAAUUGCCACCUCCUCAUCCUGGAGACUUUUCUGAUGACGGUGCUGACACGGAUGUACUACAGAAGGAAAGACGACAAGGUUGGCUAUGAACCUUUCCCUUCUCCAGCUUGAACUUCAAAGCCUGAGGCAGAUGGCUUGGACAAUGAAAGAGACACUGUACUCGUGAGAGGGGCACACGAUCUCCUCACUGUCCCUCAACAUUGACCGCGUGGGUAAGGACUCCAUUGUCAGGAUAAGCUGGCAAAUUACACUGGACUAUACGGAUGAAGGUGAAUCAUGCAAGAGGAUGAAAUUGUUUUGGAUCUUGCCUGGGGAAGGUAAUUUAGUUUCAUAACAGACAAACAGAAUGGAGUCUGAAACUCUAUAAUCGGGCACAUUACUCCCAUGGGUGCCACGAUUAGCCCUUAAAACUUGUAUAUUGGGAAAGCUUAUGGUGUAAGAAUGAGAACUCAGUCAGGAUUUAAGCCCACAGUUCCGAAGAAAGCAGGCCCUGAAGAACAGAUCGAAGGUGUUCUUCCCCUGACAGAUGUGUCCUUAGAGCACUGAUGACAUUGGACCUGGGAGAUCAGCUUUCCUUUGUGCGACAAUAGCUUUGUAAUUCUGUGCCAAGCUGCAAAAGGAACCCCCCACUCAUACAGCCAGGGAGCUUACUUUGAGGAGAUAAAUUAGGAUGCAAAAGCAAAGGAAUUGAGAAUAUAGGUAAAAGCCCCAAAUAUGCCCGGCCAGCGUGGCUCAGUGAUUGAGUGUCGAGCUAUGAACCAGGAGGUCACAAUUGGAUUCUCCGUCGGGGCACAAGCCCAGCUUGUGGGCUCAGUGUGGGGCGGGCAGGAGGCAGCCAACCAAUGGUUUUUUCUCAUCAAUGAUGUUUCUAUCUCCCUCUCCCUUCCUCUCUGAAAUCAAUAAAAAAUAUUUUUUAAAAGAGCUCCAAAUACAUAAAAUGUACCAUAUACAUGUAUAUCAGGUCAAAAACACAGAACAUGAAACAUUAGGUAAAACCACUUUGCUUUUAUUUGGCUAAAUGACAACAGCCAGAAUAACUCUGAACAAAUUAAUGAUACUCAGACAGGAAAACAAUAUCCUGAACACUAACGGAGGGAAAACAUUCCCGCAGACGUCGGCACUAGUGAUAGGGUUAACUGUCAUGCUGAGGCCAGCAUUUCUUUCCAAGACUUUGUCUCCCCCGGUUCCCUCUCCCCCACCCCCCUACCCCAGGUUCCUCGAUACAAAUAAUCCAAUCAACCAAUUCUCUGUGAUCAAAACAGUCAAGUGCUUCCAAAAAAGGAUGGAAAUCCUAUUCAAACCUAAAGAAACACAACCUGAGUCAUCCUCCAUGUUAAACCUCCCACUUUUGUUUUCUACCCAAUCUGAGUACUAAUAUAUAAGUUUGGCAGACAGAAAAUUUUUCUUCUUUUAAAGAAAGUUAACAUCUAAAUAGCAUAAUCCAAAGAACAUGUUCUACUUAUUUGGAAAAAUAGAAGCCAGGGACUACUCUCUAUCCCAUGACAAUCUAUUCAAUGAGAGAAAACAAAAACAAUCAUCGUAUGACUUUGAAAAAUAUAACCUUCAAAAAUACUUAUAUUGGUAAGCUUAAAAAAAAUACCAUUCGUUAAAAACAUUGUUAAGGGAGUUUUGUUUUUCCUAUAUGUAUUGGUAAGAGUGUGUGCUGACAGAAAAGGUAGCAGCUAUGGCUUUUAGGAAAUUAAAGAAAAGCAGCAAAG